AGGGUUACGGAAAUUGAUAUAGUAACCCUCCAGGUACGAUCGACAGCUAUUGAUUGGGAAAGAGGAUUCAAAGAUUUGCGAAAGAGGUAAGAAAAAUGGAACGGACACAACCCGACAACUUUGAAGUGGGUGAGCUGUUGGGGGAAGGAGCAUUUGGGCAGGUUUACAGAGCCACAGAUCGCACUACCGGCAAAAUCGUCGCUCUGAAGAAGCUGAAGAUGGACAACGAAAAUCAGCGACGUUCGGCCGAAAAGGAGCUUAUACCGUUAACGCAAUUAGAACAUAAGUCUCAUCCUCACAUUGUGAAGUUUAUCAAUUAUUUUGUGAAAGAUAACAGCCUGUGGUUGGUGUUGGAAUAUUGUUCACAGGGAAACCUAAAUGAUUUCCUGCUUGAACAGAACCCCGGUAAAGAUGUGAAGCUCCGUUUGAUGAAGGAGAUUGCUAGUGCGGUCAGCUUUCUCCAUGACAAUAACAUCGUACACAGAGAUCUCAAACCUGACAACAUAUUGCUUACCGGGAAUUCUAGCGCCCCGGUUGUAAAAGUGGGGGAUUUUGGAUUGGCGAAAGUUUGUGGGGUUGGAGACGGCUCGCUGAUAGAACACUACAGCAUAAUAUCUCCGUGUGGUACGCCGUUCUUUUUGGCACCUGAAGUGUUCAGAGCCCGUGAGACAGGGGAGAGCUACAGAAUGUACUGUGACGUGUUCUCAAUGGGCGUCAUUUUUGUAGCUAUGGUUGACGGAAAGCGAUAUGAGGGAAAGGUGGUGGCAUAUGUGUCUGACCCAAUCCCUUUCGGUGAAUAUCUGUGUGAUAACCCUCAUGCGGAUCUUUCGGACAAAAUCUUAAAGGGAAAUGUGAAUCGGCGGUUCAAACAGCUGGUUUUGUCGAUGCUCGAUGGGAACUAUAGUAAAAGGCCCAACGCUUCUUCUGUCCUUGAACAACUUCAUACCAUGGAGACACUGUAGCUAAUUGAACCAAAAUGACCUGAGCUGGUGCCUCUUGAUCUUAUGGUAGCUGGUAGAUUGAAUCGCUCGUUUCUUACCCUUCAUUGUACUCCCAGAGAAAAAGAAAAAAGAAAUCUGGAAUUCCAAACAACUGCUG